AUGACCAGACAGAUCCCGGUGACGUUCCAGCACCGGUACGAGAAUGCAGCCCAUUUCCCGCCUUACUUUUAUCGGUCUGCUCUGCUGACAUUGUCUAUGCAUUUGGCGCAAGAGGGAUCGGCGAGGCAGUCGUCGUUGAAUGAGGGUUGGACACGCAUUCCGGGUUUAUCUCGGGUGAAAAGAAGACAGCAUCUCAGGGACAAGAAACAUUAUCCACCAGCAGGUGGUAAAUGGUCCGAGAGGUGGUUGGCAUGGGGCAUGCAUGCGUUUGUCAGGACUCGAUGUUCGGGCGCUGAGAUGAGUGUGACAUAUCGUUGGACGCACGCUGGACGGCAUGGAAAUGUCGGAAUGUCGUCUGAUGAGCCUCUAGCGGAUACCUUCAACGUCGUAGCAUGUAUCGUUCAUAGAGCGACCGAGAUCGAGGAACAUUUAAUGACCAAGUAG